AUGGCCCUGGUCCUGCCGCUGCUGCCGCUGCUGCUGUGGCGGGUUCAGGGGGACCCGCUGGGGAACCCGCAUGACCGAGUUUCCUUGGACGGCCGUCCAGGGGAGCGGGUGAAUCUCUCCUGCGCAGGGGUCUCCCAGCCAGACCGCUGGGUCUGGGCGCCGAGCUUCCCGGCCUGCAGGGGCCUGCCCAAAGGCCGCCGCCGCAUCCUGUCGGUCUCCGCCAGCGGGACCCCCACUGGCUCUCCCGCCUCGCCCUUCGCCGGCCGCCUGCGCGCCCUGGACCACCCGGGGAUCCGGCGGCUGGAGCUGCUUCUGAGCGCGGGGGACUCGGGCACCUUCAUCUGCAGGGGCCGCCGCCAGGACGAGAGCCACACGGUGCUCCGCGUGCUGGGCGACGCGGCCGGCUGCGGGGGCUCCGGGCCCGGCCUGGGGUCCGUGUACCCCCUGCUCCUGACCCCCCUGCUGGGCGCCGCGCUGGUGCUGGCGCUGGGCGCGCUGGGCGCGGUCUGGUGGCGGCGCAGGCGCCCACACCCACCCCCGCCGCGGCCACGCCCCAGACCUGUCCCCCGAGUGACAGCCGAGCCCCAGAGACCAGCAAAGGCCGAGGAGCCCAAGGCUGCGAGGGACCUGGACCAGGAGUCGAGCCUGCUCUACGCGGACCUGGAUCGCGCGGCCCUCAGACGGCCCUGCCAGCUGUCCCCAGCGGCCCCUGCUGACUCCUCCACCAUCUACGCGGUUGUUGUCUGA